AUGUGGCAGAUCGGUAUCCCGUACGACCUGGUGGAACCUUUCAUGUGCAAAUCAUUCGGAGGAACCCUCGACGGAGCAGCUCUGGAAUGGCUCAUGAACAUCACCCCUGGAUCCAUAUACUGCCUCUCUAACCUCAUCAACGCCUUCUAUCAGCAGUUCGCUAGCAGUCGCCAGUUGGAGAAACAAACGAGUGACCUCUAUCGGACAGCUAUCGAAGCAUUCAAAAGAGGUCUUAUCCCCAACUCGGAGUUGUACCGUGAGGUUACCAAAUAUCCCUGCGCAACCUUCGAGGAGGUACAAAAUGUCAAUCAGUAUGAUGAUACUAACAAUAUUUACAAGAAUGAACGGGUCGAUCAUCCCGACAUCUCCGAAUAUGGCUUCAACGUCGACAUCGGAGGGGUCGUGAACGCCCUUCAAAAUGUAGGUGGAACAAUCAGAUGGCCCCGGAAGAGUGACAGACCAGAUUCCAUGAAAGACAUGAGAAAAUGGUGCGACUUCCACCGCGACAACGACCACAAAACCGAGGAAUGCAUCUCCCUCAAAAAGGAGGUCGUAUUUCUUCUGAAGCGGCGGCACUUAAAGGAGCUGUUGAGCGACAAAGGGAAGGAGAUGUACAACAAGGAGAAAACCACCCAACCCGACCCAACGGCGAGCAGCGAUCGAUCGACCCCACCUACAUUUAACAAAGUGGUAAACGUUAUUUCUGGUGGCUCAGAUAUUUGUGGACUAACCUCUUCUGCAGCUAAAAAGAUUAACAGCGGAGAAUCUAGAGCCGUCAAAGAGGGGAAAACUGAGGAUGAGAUCGCACUCGACAAAUCCUUAGCAGCAAUAUCUAUCACCUUCGACGACUCAGAUUCAGUGGACGUGCAGCAAGAGCAUCACGAUGGAUUGGUAAUAUCGCUCCCAAUAGGCAACGCUUUGAUCAAAAGGAUAUUGAUCGAAAAUGGCAGCUCGGCAAACGUGUUGUUCUUGGAGGGCCUACAGGAAAUGGGGCUCGAGGAAAAGAACAUCGUCAGAAGAUCAACGGUCUUGGUAGGAUUCAGUGGAGAGUCGUUGCAAACGGUUGGAGAGAUAUCAUUGCCCACAUAUGCAGAAGGUGUCAACAUCAUGACUAAGUUCAACGUCGUCGAUUUCCCAUCAGCGUACAACGUCAUGUUAGGACGACCAUGGAUCCACAAAAUGAAAGCAGUACCAUCGACAUACCACCAAUCAAUCAAAUUCCCAACCAAAUGGGGCGUCAUGGAGAUCAAAGGACGGCAAAGAGACGCAAAGAAGUGUUAUGAAACUGCACUGAAACCGUCAAAAUCCUCCAUCUAG